AAUGACGUUUUCAGUUUGGCAAAUCCGUGUAUUUUGUACGUUCGUUUUGGAUACGUCGUCAAAAAGAUGUGGGAUUUUUGAUCUGUUACAGGUAUUGCCGGAAAAAUGAGCAGCAUUGAUCUGUCACGGGUUUGUGGUAACCAAGCUAUUGUAGGACACCGGUUUAGGUACAAAUCGAUGUGUCAAAAGAGCAAAUGUGGAAUAGUCCAUCACAUCGUACCGUAUCAGUUUGCCAACCAGUAGUGUGUAGUCAAUUGAACAGUAACAAAUAUCCUGACUUUCUCACUGGCCUGGUGUUCCGGAUAGCCUCGUUGCAGCUGGUAGCUGGGUUGUGUGUUCGCAUGUAGCAUCAACAAACUGAAGUGUAAUCGGGAAUGUGAUAAAAGCGCCGCAAGCGCGGUUGUGUUUGUGCCCAGCAUGGCAGAAGGAAGUCGCACUCUCUCGGUCGAGCAAAUGUUGCGGAAACACAUUUUCUCGCAAUUGGUAGAUUGAACAAAGAUGAGAGUAUUUUCCUGCCGUGGGGAGGACAGAGUGGUUACUAGUGUGCAACUAGCAUCAUCCCACAGCAGCAUCACCACCACCACUAUCGGCAAAGCAGAAACUUGAGGAAGUGUAUCGUGUCGAGGUUGGGAAAGUAAUGAAUGAAAAUUUUUCGACCGACAAGAGCUUUUCUUCUAUAUUGUGAAAAAUGUCCCCUUUUCGUAAAAAAUGAUGGAGCUUGUGCACAAGAAGGAUAUUCACUCAACGAGGUGUGUUUGUUAGCCGUGGGAAAAAAGUGAGAUGUAUCUGAAUCGCAAUUAUUACGGAAAGACGAACGUGCUCUGCUUAUUUCAUAUCCAGAUUACAGAAAAAAUGUAGAAAAAAAACAUGCUAAACAAAUGAGAGUGAAUCAUCAUUGCGUUUGUUUAAUCUGGUUGAUGAACACUUAGAGAAGCUUAAAUGUAAUGUUGAAUUAAACCGUAUAUUUUACGAAAGUGGUUAUUUGAGUGUUUAAUUCUCGUGUCAGUAAAACGACAGAAAAGGUGGUGUAAGUGCACUGUAAAGCACCACAACUAAAGCCUAUGACUAAUUUAAAUGUGUUUGAAAAGAGUACCGUGAUGAAUAAUCCCGAUUAGCUCGUGUGAUUGAAACAUUGAAGUGUUCCGUUGAUUUCCACAGUGGAAAGCAUGAGAUAGCGUGUGAAUACUUUAACCGUUCGCACUUGUGGUGGAAAUCGUUUCUAUUUCAUCGAGCAAUACGGAAAAUCGAAUAAGAUGGAGCGGGUAUGGCGAAAAAUGAAUCAGGGCCUCACCAUGAGAUCAUCGACAACGAAAGCACCACCCUCCCACCAGUCGGGCUCCACGGGGAACUCCAUCACGACCGUAUGCCUUCCGGUGCCGGGUCAUCAGUACUCAACAGAUACAACGAGUUCGGCCGGUUUCGGCGAAUCGCAAGUAGUGGCCGUGCAGCAACGGCGCCGGUCAAACCCGUCGCAAGCCGGAACCACAGCUUCAUCUGAAAAACGAAGGCGCCGCCGGCGUCGGAGCAGACCGAAUCGUGAUAGUUCUCAAGGCGGAGGCCAUUCAUCCGCCGGUCAUCAUAAAAAUCAUUCAUCGUCGAAUCGGCGUAGCAAUCAGAUGACACUGACAAAUCAGGUUGGCACCGAACAAUCACUCCGGCAGCGGGCCGUCGCUCGGUUGAAGAUGUUUAAUUUUAAUCUCAACUGGGAUCUUCACAUGAACCAGUGCAAACCGUGUGGCCCAAAAAGUGGCAACAUUAUAACUCGACGCCUUUGUCGCAAUCGCCGCGGUGAGGACAAUGAACUGUAUCGCUCCAACAGCUUUAAAUUCGAGCGCUUCGAGCGGAAGGAGAAUUCAGUUGGAACUGGAACGAGGACACUGCGAAAACAGAUUUCCGUCUGCGAUGACUACAGCUUACCGAUAGACUUCGUCAAAAAGAGACCGUCCAGUUUCGAUCCCUGCCUAGCCGAACGUUUACCGGACAAUUGGGCAUCGCCGAGUCCACAAUCGGAACACGUUUCAUUUCUAGAGCCAUUGAAUUUACAAAAACCCUUGUCAGCAGUUCCACCCAACAGCUCAGGAGCGGAAACCGUCGGUAUUGGCACUGGCAUUGGUAGCGGAGUGGGAUCAGGUACUUUUCAGCAGCAGCAGCAGCAACAUUCUUUAAAACAUCAACAGCCACAACCGCACGCCACAACAGCCACAUCCACAUUUGCUCCGGUAGCUGGCAUCGACGUUGAAGUAGUCGCAAAUGAGAUAAGUAUCAAAACAGUCGAGGAAAUCUUCGACACCAGACGCAGCUAUAAACGUGGAAGUACUGGUAGAUCUCAACAGCAACGGCCACCGCGAAGACCCAGCAGCAAUUGUGAGGUUAAAUACAUUAAUCAAAAUUUUAGCUCAGGAUCAUCUGCACCUGCCUCCUCCGAGGAAGACGAAAUAGACGACGAAGAAGACGAAUCAAGAAAAAUACCCGAGCUCAAUUCUCCGGACAGCAUUUCCGAGGACCUCAUCCAGCCUCUACCACUGCGUCAAAGUCCAGUCAAGACCACUGUUCCUGAUACAGCGAAAAGAAAUCCGUCUCCCUAUUAUUAUUCUGAUCUGUUAAAAUCGAAAAGCCAAGAACAAUCCCAUCCGACAAACAAUCAACCAGUUCAGCAAGAGCAAGCUGAACCGAAGAGAACUAGCAGUAGAGCAUCAUCGGUUAGUACUCGACAAAAAGAGCUCGGUUCCCGUUACCGAAAAAGUAGCAGCCUCGACACCCCAGCAGCAGAGAAGGAAGUCUGUCUACCGAAGCGUUAUUCCAUAACCGAGGAAGGAGUUCGCAUUAUCCGGUGCGACUCUCCGUCCACCACAACCUCAGACGACUCGGAUUGCUCUGAAUGUCGAAAAAGAAGAGACUGGCAUGCCAAUGCAUUGGCCUUAGUGCGAGAAAACUGUAACCUUCCUCCGUCUUUCGACCCUUCAAUGCCACCCCAUCGAAUGCUAGGACCGGCCUCAGCAGUUUGUGCGUGUGCGACACCCGCAUUUGGCGAGGAUAACGAUGAGCUCUUUCGACCCCGGAGUAUAUUCUACGUACACCAACCAGGCGCACAGGACUGUGCCGAUUGCACUCUGAGCGAUAAUUCGGCGUCAGUGAAUGAAGAUAUGACUAGCGUUCGGACAAGGCAAAUCUACGAAACGGCAUUUGACUCGAAGAUCACCCGAUCGGACGACGACUUAGAUGAAGUGGACAGGGUGACCAAUCAAUCGGUAUUACUGCAAUUCAACAAAAGUAACGAUAGUAGCACGAGCAAUAUGGUAUCCAGUCAAAAUAAGGAAAACCGAGACAGAAGCAAACGUGCGGAAACGAAACGUUCGAAAAGUUCGUUAAAAACGCCAUCCUCUACGCAGAUCCAAACCACAGCUGACAUUGAAGUAUCUCAGGAUGCCGAUCUUGCCCAGGAUCUGGAGAAACUCCAGAUCGAUAAACAGCUUGACAAUAUUACCAACGCAAAUUCCACGUCUUCCUCCCAGCUCCCACUGCGUGGGUACACUCCUUCUCCGCCAUCGACCGCUCCUCUUCCAAUGAAAUUCCCCGGCAAACAUGAGCGCUUCUUUAUUAACAGUAUCAAAAGUGCUCCAAAUCUUCCUUCUUCCAAUACGGCGCAACACCCGCGACUUAAAGAUCUCCGAUUGGAUAUCCAGGCAUUACGUAACAGUGAAGUUCCUCCUUCCGGUAGUUGUGAUGGUAGUAUUAAUGAUUCCUCCUAUAAUAGUCCAAAAAAUAAUGAAAGACCCCGAUCAACGAUGUGUUUGGAACCGGAACGGGUUUUAGAGCUGAAACGUAGUCAUCGAAAUCACAAGCAGCGGGGCAGAAAUUUCUCUUCGACAGAAAGCAUGGCUACUUCCAGCAGCGGUGGGAGCAUGGAAUCUCUCAAGUCUAGCACCAGUGAAGGAAAUCGAAGUACCUCGUCCUCCGAUUCACGACAUUCCUCCUCUCUGAGCUCGCAUAGUUCCGAUUCCGGACCGACUAUUGCCUUCCCAUUGCGAGCUCCCGUAGUUGUACACAACAAGUUAAACAUCCUAAGCCCCAUUUCGGACAAAUCUUCCCAGGAACCAGGGUCGGAAACAUCCGAUAUAAACCGUAACAACUCACAGAAGCACUCACCGGAUGAUACGUCAACUUUGACGAAGAAGGAACACGACGAGAAUGAGGCUGUGAAGUUGACGGUUCCCAAAAGACGGUCAGCUCCGAACAAAACUCUUUUGCUUAUUACUGGGCCUGAAAUACAAGGAUCUGAUAGUGGCAUUUCUCUGCACUCACGAGAAGACGUAAAAUCGCGGACUAACAUCCUGAACCUUGGCAUUCAACGAGCCUCGCUUGGUUUGGAGAAGUCCGACAGUGGAAAACCAAUUCUUCCUCAGGAUUUCAGCGAUCUCCCAUUUGACAUGCCAAAGCUAAGACGACGACGCGCCCAUUUGCAGCAGGAACCCUGUACCUCCGGAAGUGUAACAUCGGUAGACGUUGGCGAUUUACCCUUCGAUAUGCCGAAACUCAGACGGCGCCUUCGUUUGUCACAAAAUCAAAACCAGCUCCCCAUUCCAUCGACCUCCGGUGUCCAGCUGCAGACUAGCACCGAAUCCAGCGGCCCAUCACAGGCGUCUUCCAGUCUGUCGAUGCGAGAUUCGGAUAACAGAGCAGCGAUGGUGGGAGGGUUCUACAAGCAGAGCCUUACACUGAAUCUUAACGAAUGCAACAGUGCUAAGCCGACUAAGAAAUUUGGAACUCUAGAUCUUGGAUUAAACUUCAAUACCGUUCGUGCGAAUGUGGAUCUGAUCGAUGCUGCAAUACCCCUCGAUCGCCAAGGCUGGUACCACGGAUCGAUUAGCCGAAUAGAUGCAGAGAAAAUCCUACGACCGUUGGGCGAAGGAAGUUUCCUAGUGCGAAACAGUGAAUCAACCAGACAGGACUAUUCACUGACAUUGAAGAGCGCCAAAGGUUUCAUGCAUAUGCGAAUACAGCGUGAUCCGGAGACGGGCCAAUUCAUCCUGGGUCAGUUCAGCCGACCAUUUCCGACCAUCCCGGACAUGAUACGGCACUUCUGUCUGAACCGGUUGCCGGUUCGUGGUGCCGAGCACAUGUGCCUGCUUGAGCCAGUCAUUGCGCAGAUCCUUUAAAGGGCUUCUUCUCAUCAAACAGGCGUUAUUGUGUAGAGUUUGCUUUUACGGAUUCUUAUAGCAAAUUCACGCAAAGGGUAGAUUAGCUAACAUAGAACGAGUUAAUUUAGUCCGACGGAUAGUUUCCUAUACCCGCAGUUCUACUGAUAGCACCGGAUGAAAGGUUGUUGAAAGUUGCGCGAAGAAGUUGAAAUGCAUUUACGUUUCUUCUAAACUUUCAUUGUUUUCGUUCGGCAUCUAGUUUUAACUGAGGAUCUUACAUUGAGACAAUAACCACUAAUUUGACCAUGAUUCUGCGGUAAUUAUUGUACAGAGAUUAUAUUGAAUUCGUAUCUCAGCUCAUAACUUAAUCGUAUCAUUUUAAUGAUCAUAAGUUACUGCGCCAUACUGAUUACAUUGUGAUAAAGUGACUUUGUUGACGGUUGGAUACAGUAAAUUGUCCACUUUUGAGUUUCUAUCUAUAGCAUUCAUACAAGUUUGCACAUUUAUGGUUUCAUUCGUGUGUAAGAAUAAACAUCUCCAGGCCGAAAAUACGAGAAUGCUUGCAAUGAGAUGCCAAAUUUGGGACUGUGACGAGGAAAUAAUUGCAAUUUUACACUUGAGUUAGUUGAUAUAGUGAAGUGCAAUACCGAAUUAAUAGUUUACAUGGCUUUUUUUCUGAUAGAUUACAGUGAGUUUCCAGUAGGUCUGCAAAAAUAAAUAAAUAAUUCACCAAGUGACACUAGGAAAUAGAAGUUUUAAAAUGCAAUAGAAACAGUUUAGGAGGUGAGCAACUUUUACUUUGUUAGCACUGUUAGCAACAACUGAAAGCCAAAAUUCAUUGUCCACGACGAUAGCCGUCAAUCUAUGUAAGAUUGAAUGGAAAUAUUCCUGUACUCAUUCGGCGGAAGUAACUGUAGCGCGUCUCACCAACUGUAAAGUAGAGCGUAGAGUAGUGAUUUACUACGAUUCCUGUCCGGCUCCAUUCUGCCGAGGAAGUCUUUUUCUCUGCAGAGUAACCGGAACGAAUCAAACUAUUAAAUUUGGACAAACAGAUGAUUCAGCUAACAUACUCACACAUAUUAAAAGAAAUCACGUAGUGAUGGAAAAACAUUAUUGAAAUGAGGAAAUAUAUAUCAAAAUAUUUAAAA